UUGUUUUUCUAUGUUGACUAGAGUCCAGAGAGAGUUUAGUCGUCCCCUGCAUUUCCCCAUCUCCUCCUCUGAGCAACUAUAUCGAGUUUCGACUACCAUCUCAGCUUCGGUCUCGUAUUCUCGUGGAUCAUCGGAAAGAUGAUCUCUACGGAAGAGGACUCUGAUUCUUUUCAGGAUGACAGCGAGGAACUGCAAAUGCAGGUGACAAAGAAGACGUUGAAGCGUGUCAUAUCACUAGCCGAAACCUUCAUCGCCAUAGCAACCGGCAUCCUCGCGGCAGCUUUCUCGGCAGGCAAAGAUGUCCACCUGCACCGCCACGUCCUGGCCGCCGGCGGCUGCUUCCUCGUCGUGACAUACCUGUCCGCUCUCCUGCUCAUCUACAUGAAGCUGUUCUUGUCAGAUCACAGGCGGCUGCGCCGAUGGCACGUCCGGUCCCUGCAGCUCCUGUGCGUGACCAGCGGCGCGUCGCUCGUCGCCACGAACUCCCUGCUCCUCGUCCUCAUCGGCGAAGGCAAUGGCUUGCUGUCGCUCAACCUGCUGCCCGUGCAGGGCAUCGUCGGCGUGCUCGCGUACCACGCGACGCCGACGGAGGGGAGCGCGCGCGACGAGGCGUUCGAGGCGCAGGUCAAGAGCGCCCGCAAGGUCGCGCUGUUCGCGGCGGCCACGGCCUUCGCCGUGCAGACCACGCUCGUGUUUGGCGCGUUCAGCAACGCCGCCCUGCAGGCGAUGGGCGGACGCCGGCUGGACCUCUCGGUGUCGUUCCUGGCGUCGGCGCUCAGCGUGUUCUUGGUCGUGGCGACGUGCAUGCCGCUCGGGUUCAGGAACCAGGGCGCCAGGGACAAGGUGCUGUCCAUCGUGAGGUACCUCAAGAAAGGCGUCAUGGCCGUGCUCGCGGUCACCGCGGUGACUCUCGGCCAGGAGUUCCUCGGUGGCGCCGCGGCGCUCGCGCUCUUCCCGGAGAUCACCGUCGCCGCCAUGUACUACGCCGUGAGCAUGCCCGCCGACGAGGCGGCCGCGGCCGCUGACCGCAAGAUGGAGGUGCUUCCGACCGUCGUCGUGGCGACGUUCGGCUUCGGGAUGCUCGGGGCGGCGUACGCGGCGCUGUUCGGCACGCCGGAGUACGACCUGUACACCAAGGCCCUGGCGUUCACCCUGCUCACCGCCGUCGUGUCCAGCCUGGGCCGCGUGGCGGGGCCGCUCUGCAACGCCCAGCGUGACAAGAGCUCGGCGGCGUGGGUGACAUUCCUCAGCAGCAUCCUCCCCAUCGUGGAGAUGCUGGUCGCCGUCCCGCUCGCCGCCAAGGUAAUGGUUGAUUUUCUCGCCGUUCCUGGUAAUGGCUGAUUUUCUCGCCGUGCACUCACUAGCACUUGAUGUCUUGAUCACUUGUACAAAUUCUUCGAACACGAUACGUGCAUACUCUGACACGCACCAUGUUGUUGUUGUACUUUACUGACUUUGUACAAUGUCAUGUACUUAUAGUAGUGGACCUCUCUUGGACACCCUGAAGAGCACAUAUUUUUUGUGUGAUUUUGUCUGAAAUAGUACUGCUAGGAGUAGUAUUUGCCGCAGCAGCAUUGCGGAGUUGCCAA